GCUCUAAUUUGUAGAUGCCUGCUUGGUAUUGCAGAAACAAUUCACUCAUGACACUUUAAGAAGAAGAGUUCUCAAUGCAAUUUUGAUUACCAGAGAAAACUUAAUAGCAUUCUCAUUAUAAAGGAGCUUAAAAUUACUAAUCUCAUUUUAGGAAUUCUUAUAGAAUUAUAAGAAUUAUAGGAAUUAAGACAUCAUCUAUUUGUCUGUACAUCAUCAUGCCAAGACAAUACAUCUUCGUUGCUCUGUGGUGAUCUGCUCAAAAGAGUAGGGUAAAGAGCAUGACAAAUAUAGAAGCAGAUACUUGCAGCCAACCAUUUAGCUGAGAUCAGGGUCCCCAAUGGGGGAGUAAGAGAAAGGAUUGAGGGAGCUGAAGGGGUUUACAGCCCCAUAAGAAAAACAGUAAGAAACACCCAUAGCUCCCAGGGCUGAAACCACCAUCCAAAGAGUACACAUGGACCGACCCAUGGCUACAGCUGCAUAUGUAGAAGAGGAUGGCCUUCUUGGGCACAAAUGGGAGGAGAAGCCCUUGGUCUUGUCAAGGCUUGAUUCCCCAGUGUAGGGGAAACCAGAACAGGGAGGUGAGUCCUCAUGGACUCUGCAUUUCCUAUUCUGCAAGGAGAAGCCCUGCCAGGUCUUUGAGCAAGGCCAGCCAGUUGUUUGGGGAAGUCUCUGGUCCUGUGGCAGAGGGCAAGGAAUGGCAGAAAGAAUGGCAGCUCCACUGAGAGCAAAGGAUAACCCUUCUAGGCCUAUGACCUCCUAAUUAAUUUAUCUUUUCACCUGAUGCCCUAUUCACAUUUUCUUACUAUCAUACAACUGUGAUCUUGAUGAGCAGCUGGGCUCUUGUUUUCUUAAUCAGUUCUUUGUUGUCACAGACGUUUUUAACUUACUCCAGCCCCUGAGACUUAUUCAUACCUUCUGUAUGCAGUAGGACCCUUGGUGGGCCUGCCAUCUCAAAAAUAGAGGGUUCAGUAAUCCAAAAGAUUGGACUCCAGUUUACCUCAGUCCAGGAAAGAAGUCAGCCACCAUUAGUAAAAGAACAAGGGAAAAUUUACAUAGGAAAAACAAGUCCUUAAUUAGAAGAAAAGAUCCUCAACUUCUAAGGGGUGCACAUUGCACCCCUCUCUUCUGAGCUUUGUAAAGUGAUGUUGUAUAACUCUAGAUGGUAGUAAAAGGCAGAGCUCUUCCCAGAAAGGUCAAACAUGAUUUUUACUCUUACAUCUGUGAGGUGGGGUGGCAUUAUAGCACACAUUCAGGUGGAAUUAUAACACCAAGGAUAAGAAGACAAAAUCCAUAUAUCACAAUGCCAAAUGGACUCCCUGCUGAACUUAUGGACCCAUUAAAAUUGAGGUUCAACCUGAACUCAGGCCAUUCCACUCCCUUCUCAUCCUCCUGAUUCUUAUGUUUGGUAGGAGUAAAGGAUCAUGGUGCAGCCCCCAAUAUUCUCAUGCCUAGACUUGCCUAUUCAGAAAGAAUGAUAUUGGAGAAGUGAGGGCUAUGUCGUUACAAUGUAGUAACACAAGCUCCAAGUUGACAUUUGCUCACUGACGUCCAAUUUAAUUGUCUUGUUAUAUUUGAGAAAGGGAGGAUGCCCUAUUUAAUAUAUAAAAGGGAAAGAAAUUUAUUAUUUUAUAUAUGCCCUGUAGUUGGUCCCUAUGUUCCCAAGAAAAAGGAGUUUUUAUUGCAAAAAAAAAUAGGAUUAUAGACCAUUGAUUUUGUGAAAUACAUGGAUAUGUAAUUGGAAACAAUGUCAGCUGUCAAGGACUGCACAAUAAUCAACUAUUUCUCGGUUUUAUAUAUUCUGAGGUAUAGAAGAAACAUAUUGGCCUCCAGAAAAAGGGAAAAGCUUAGGAAUCGAAAUGUAUGUCACAUCAUUGUCUCGAGUAGUAGAUUUACUUUUAAGAAAAAUCUCCCUCCUCCUUGGCCCCUAGAGAUUUGGGUGCUAAGAAAAAUCUGUUCUCCAAUUGAGGGUUGUAAGGAACUCUCCCCAGCAAAAGCAUUGUUGACUUCUAAUGAAGCAGAGAGAAACAUCUAGCUUUGAAAUAGAGGUUGCCAAAUGGUAUUCCCAGUGACACAUGAGAGACUGGAGGAAAGGUCUCCACAGAAAUUCAUCACAUUGGAGAGAGUUGGUUAGUAGGUAGGCCAUAGAACUUUCCAGUGACAUCAUCUGUAAGCCCUUCACUGGACAAUCUUUUGUAUCUAAGAGAUCCCUAGAAUCGUCUGUGAUGUCACCAGUGUUGUGGUGACACCAACUGCCUUUGGGAUAUUUCUUCAGUUCCCUUUGGGUUCACAAGCAGGCAUGUUUCGCCAGCAGCUCAGGAUAUUUCGGAAGGAAAGGGGAGAUCAAGGAGAGAGCACACCAGGUCAGAGGGAAGCUGACCCCUUCUCUAGUGAAACAGGAAGGAGGAAAUCAUUCUGGGGAAGGCUUGGUUUUGGUAGGAAGGCAUCAUCCCAAAGUGUCAUCAGUAAGCAAGAGGAGCUUCUAAAGGAACUGGAGGAACUCAAAUUUGAAAUCCAGAAGUGUCAAUUCGAGAGGGAUGAACUUUAUCAAAUCCUGGACCUUUAUAUCUAUGAUGAUUGGGACCACAGGCUGGAUGUCGAAUUGCCAGUACUUCAAUCCGAACAUGAGAUGAGAAUGAUGGCUAUGCAAAUGAUGACCAACUCAAUAAGUGAUGCCAUGGAGAGGUACAAGGAGCUCAUACAAGUGAACAGUUCCUACCUCGUGAGGCACUCCCAGCUCCUGCGUGAACAAGCUCAAUUGAAGAACAAUAUACAAAUUUUGCUGAAUGAGAAGAGAAAACUGCUGGUGGAGCAGACUGAACUGCCAGCAUCCUCUGUGGAGGCAAAGAGGCUCUGUGAAGAGGCCGGAAUGAACAUCUGUGACCCCAGUGCCAAGCAACAGCAGGUCUGAAAUUCUCCAGCAGAAACUUGAACAUGACACAGACCAGGACAAGAUCUCCCUUGGAGAGAAGUGCUACAGGAGGAGGACUAAGUGUGCACAGCAAAUACACCACUACUGCAUCUCAUCUGUAAUGUCCAUAGCAAUUGUGGACUGCAUUUUCCUCCUUUAGUUUGAAUUCUUUGGAUUGAAUAGGCCUUACUUUCAUCUCGGCUCUCUCCAGCAAGUGUAUACAUUUGGAGGGACUCAGAGAAGUGCUGAUGCACAUCAAUCAAGAGCUGCUGGUCAUCCAAAAAGACUGUGCAUUUGUAAAUUUGUACUUGUCCUGAUAGGUCAUCCAGAAGAGUUUCAUGGAGAUCAGUUCACAACAUUGGAAGGACUUUGAAACAAAUCAUUCAUGUAUUUUAUACUCAUUAUUGCAUGGCUUUUUCCUUAAUAGCCCCACUCCAACAAAACAACCUACUUCCACUCCUCUUGCAAAGAUUAUUAUCAUCAGUAACUGCUUGUCUACUAUGUCUCCAAGGCAAGCCACAGGCUAUGAAUCCAUUCUGCAAAAGGAGCAUCAAAAGAAUGCUUAACACAAUUCCUCUAUUUAAAGUUUCGUUGAGUUUUGAUUAUCUUGGUUAUUUGGUUUUCCUUCUAUUCAUUUGAAGUUUUGUUAUUUAUGUGUUGUUGUUUUGUUCAUUUGCUUUUCUAUUUUGAUAUUUUGAUAAGGAUAUAGACUGUAUAUAUUGACUACCUGCAUCUGGUUACUAUCCAGUAAAUUGGAUGUAUUCUGUUGAAUAAAAGAGUAAUAAUCUCAAA